GACAUGGGGAAGGGGGCGGGGAGAUGAGAAGGCGGGAAGUGCAGUGAUCGGCGGCUCUGCGGAGGACGGAGAAGGUUCUGUCAUGGCCGCCGCACCACCACAGGUAGAGGCGAGCCCGGCAGACGAAGGCAAGGAUCUCUUCCACAUUAACGCUGGUGCGUGGAUCUUCUCCAUACCAAAGAUUAAACUUGCUCCCUUCCCCGAGUUUUUACUUUAUCGGGAGGCCCGCUUGUUACCGAAGUCCGAAAGAUCAAGGAUAUUCCUAGACCGGGAUGGCUUUGUGUUCAGACACAUUCAUCAGUUCCUGCUCACUUCGCAGCUCCCAAUAUCCAGCUUAUCAGAGCCGGAUCUGUUGUAUGAACAAGCUAGAGGGCUCAAUCUCCCAUCAGUUAUUGAGGCCAUAGACAAACUGAAGGCGGGAAAGGAAGAAAAACCUCACCUGAAUGAACAAACAUUGCCAGACAUUCCAACCAGUGAGGAAGCACCCAUGAACUACUGGAAAACCCAAAAUUGUAGCAAGAAGCUUUCUGAGUGGCCACUAAAAAUGUCUUUGUCUCCAGGGAUCUGGGACAGAGCCCCUCUUGGACUUUUGGUCAAUCCUUUGCUUGAUGCAGAAGAGGAAGUUCAUUAUUGCUUUUUUCCAGUUGAAAUUUUAGAGAAGUAUCCUACGCUGGUAACAGAUGAUAACUUGCUUUGGUUCUCUGAGAAAUUUAUAUUGGUUGAAUGCGGUUGCCCUGAGUUUCGCUUCAUAGGUAAUUUUCUUCAUCACGGGAAUUUUUUCCUGCCAGAUAACUUCUCAGCUUUUGAUGUUUUAGAAGCAGAAAUUAAUUCUCUGGAAAUUCCAGCUCUUCUGAAAGCUUUGUACGAAGAAAAGAAGUCCUCAGGGAGUAACACGGAUAUGCCAGAGACGUGGCACUCUGUUAACAGCUUGACAGCAGCUAGUAAAAGCGGAGCAAAGCCUUUCUACAUCAUGUCUUUGGAACUGUUAGGAAAAUAUCCGGACUCGGCUUUAGGCCAGCUGUAUGUAGAGAGCAAUGUAGACGGCAGUAAGCUGUAUAUGAACGGCACUGGGACCCUUUUCCAACACGUCAAAAAUUGGUUUGGAGCAUGUAGACUUCCACUGACCAGCAAUGUGUUAGAAAUUCAAGGCCUGAGUAUAUACCUAGAAAAAGGGGACAUCAUAUACCAGCCAAUGAGAGAAGCUAUAAGAACAUACCUAAAACAAAGGCUGAAUUGGAUUCCUGGAGCUUCAGGUGGAAGCUGGAGAGCUGAUUUGCAGCAGUAUUCAUCCACCCAGAUAGUCAGAGUCUAUGUUAGAAGCUAUUGGUAUGCCACACGCCUGAAAACUUUAUUGAAGUAUCCAGGACUGCUCGCCAACUCCAAGAAGACACGCUGGAUCACCUGUGGCUUUUCCUUGCUAGUGAUUGGAGACGGAUCGAUUUUCAGGCAUAUCCUCAACUUUCUGAGACUUGGAAGACUCCUCCUGCCCUCCGACUUUAAGGAAUGGAGACUUCUGUGUCAGGAAGUGCAUGAGUUUAAUAUCUCCGCUCUCAAGGAAGCCCUGAGUCACUGCCUGGAGUACAGAUUAUGGGUAAGAGAGCAAGAAUCUACAGGAUGUUCACUGGGCUCAAAAGCUGAGUUGCAGGAUGUGAAAUGUAACACUGCCCAUCAGCAAACAAUUCUCGUAGAUCGAUCGGAAGGAAAAGUAACAGAGAAUGCUGGCUGCUUUACAUCAGCUGAGGGCCUGAAAAGGAUUGAUUCCAGCAAGAGAAAAGCUUCCUCACCAAGUCAGUUUACAACGUCGGAGCGCAACAAUCCCGGCGUUUUCCCCGACACUAAAUGUUUGAAGCUGGACCGAGCUGUGGACGAUGAAGAGGCAAAGAUCACCGCCUCCCCGAUUUCCAAAUUCAUGUCAUUGGUCAGAAAGCUGCCUGAUGGUAGAGCGAAGGGCUCUAUGUGCCUCCUGUACACGUCUCCGAAACUGAGUGGAAGAGGCACGGUGAAGAGCCAGAAAUGUGUAGCCGACAGGGAAAUGAACCGGCACACCUCUGGGCCCCGGCCGGUAAGGAAGAUUACCAGCAGCAAGUUCUCAGUGGAGAAUGGAGGAUGCAAAGAAAACCUGGUGGGAUCAGCGCAUAGGAGCGGAUCAUCGCUCAGAGCCCCCCCUGUACACAAGGAUCACAUGCAUCAUGUGCUCACUGUAUCACAGAAGGACAAUAUAAAGUUGGAGGCCACACCGGAAGAUGAACAAUGUAGUGACACCAAAGUGUCACCGUCUUUAUCCAAGUACACAGGUCAGAGGAUGGAGGAAGACAGAACCACCAUUAUAGAGCAUGCAUACUGUGCCAGGUCCCUUAUAGAGGGGAAGGAGCUUUCUGGUCUGGGGGCCAUUCUCUGGGUUCAGCAUCACCAUCUUAUGGCCAAUGAUGGAAGUGCAGCUUCUUUUCAAGAAUGCGUUGUGUAUACUGCGGAGCACGAUAACAAACAACCCACCAAUCAUGGAGCUGCUUCUGAUGAUCUCAUUUUCCUUUGUGUAAACAUGUCACACGAAGAACUCUAUUAUGCCAGGAAAUGUCACUCCUUUCUGACUGGGAUUAUCUUGGACUCCCUAGAACAGAGGGACCCCAAAUCCACUACUCUGUGUGUGGCGGGUCUUGUGAGCAUGUUGUGGGCUUGUCAGAUUCCAGCCAGCCAAUUUGUAGAGGAAUUAUUUACCCUGGAAAUGUACAGAGAUGAGCAGCGCAACAAGGAGACAUUACUGAGCUGGAUUGAGCUUACUCUGCCAUAUGCCAAGAGACUCAGCCAGUGCAUUACUGUAAUGCUCCAGAAGCGCUGUCACAAGUCUGCCUCGUGCUGUUCUCUAAGAAAAGUCCUGAACUGAUGCAACAGUUAAGUCAGAUAUUUGUGUGUUUUAAAAAGGUCUUAGAAAUGUUAGGAUUGGUAAAGACGAUUAUCUUCAAGUAUAGAGCGGGAUAGUCUGGUUAUGUUUAAUGAGACGGUAACUUUAGAAAUGACUGAAAAACAAACUGCUUUUUUUUUUUUCUUGUGCCAAGUUUAUUAAUGGUGUGUAAUAAAUGGCAUUCAUUGUUCUUUAA